AUGCCAAGUGGCGGGGACAAUAUUUUGUUGGUUCUGGUAGUUGGACAGUUCUUAAUGGGGAUUCUGGGGAACGGAUUCAUGAUAUUGGUGAAUGGCAUUGAUUGGAUCAAGAGCAAGAAAUUGGCAACAGGGGAUAUCAUCUUGGUAAGCUUGGCCAUCUCUAGAAUUGGUAUGUUAAGCACAUUAACAUGUGUUAGCUUUCAAUUAGUGUUUAAUCCAGACGAAUUACUAAAUGAGGGAAUUAAUGUCAGUGAAGUUUUCUGGAUCCUGACCUACCUUUCAAGUAUUUGGUUUGCCACCUGUCUCAGUGUCUUCUACUUCCUAAAGAUUGCCAACUUUUCCCACUCCCUCUUUCUCUGGCUGAAGUGGAGAAUCAACCAGCUUGUCGGUGUGCUAAUGGUGGGACCUUGGCUCUUUAGUAUGACCAUCAAUCUUCCAAUGUUGGAGAGAGCUUAUAACAAUGCUCUUAUUAGAAGAAACAACACAAAAGUAUACAGAGACUACCAGGUGAAUGAGAGUGAAUAUAUCACCAUACAAAUUGUUACCAACCUCUCGAGUCUCAUCCCCUUGUUUCUAUCUCUGGUCUCAUUCUUGCUCCUUGUUUUUUCUCUCCGGAGACAUAUGCAUCAGAUGAAGCACAGUGCCACCGGAUCUAGGGAUCCCAGCAUGGAGGCCCAUGUUCGAGCCAUAAAAGCCAUACUCUCUUUCCUCAUCUUUGUUGUACUCUUCUUUUUGGGAUCAUUCAUCAUCUUGUGGAACUUCUCAAUUCCAGGAAAAGACUCAAAUUUAAGGUGUGGAAUACCAUUGAUGUGUCUCUGUCCCUCAGGUCACACACUAAUCCUGAUUCUGCACAAUAGCAAGCUGAGACAGGCAGCUUUGAAGGUGUGGUGGCAGGUGAGAGACUGCCUGAAAAGAAGCAAAUGA